AGUAGAAUAAUCCACGAAAAGCAUAGUGGGAAAAUCCAACAUCUUGCAACGAGGAGAUUCUUCCGGGUUUUUCCGUUCCGUUAAAAAAACACAAUUUCUGCAUAUUUCUUAACAUUUUCUGUUCUGUAAGGGAUAGCUUUAGAGCGUUAAGUGCAAUCAGCAGGGAUGGAGACCGCUAUGGACGGAGGCUUUGCAAGGAGAGCGCGCCAGUUUUUACCGAAAAGUCGAGGAGACAAGGUGGCGUUUGCUUUCCUCGUGGUGAUAAUUCACCUGAUCUUCUACUUUGAGCAGUUCAGAGUCCUCCCUGAGAUCUACCAUGAGCCCUGCCUGGCUAGCUACAUCCACACAGCGUUCAUGGUGUUUGUGUACAUCAACACGGUUGGUAACCUGUUCAUGAUGAUGAAUGUAGACACCACCACCGGUAGCCACGUCCUGCCCAGCAUACUCAAGCCAGGCUGGCACUUCUGUGCCUCGUGUGAAGCCAACGCUCCGCCGCGCUCCUUCCAUUGCUGGGAGUGCGGCACCUGCAUCCUGAAGCGAAUCCACCACUGUACCUUCACUGGGAACUGUGCAGCCUGGGCCAACCAGCGAUACUACAUCGUGUUCCUGCUCUACAUGAGUAUAGGGGCCGUGUACACAAACAUCAUGAACUUUGACUAUGUGUGGGAUGUUAUGGGGGGACUGACUGUGACGUCUAUCCUGACAAUGUUUGCUCCUUUGGUGAUGUGGAUAGCAGGGCAGGCCAAAGCUCACACUUUUUUUGUAUCCAUUAUGUCCAUGGUGUGUCUCAUAGGGGGUGCUUUUUCUCUUGUGCUGUUCUAUUACCACAGUAAGCUGACUCUCCUGAACAGGACAGUGUUCGAGUUCAAUAAAAGGAUCAGCGAUUACGACCUGGGGUGGCAGCAGAACUUGGAACAGGCCUUUGGCACUAGGUGGCAAUUGGUAUGGCUGUUUCCUCUGCUGCCAUCACCUCUGUUGGGGAACGGUUUGGAGUUCCCUGUUAAUAGUGACGUUUCAGAGGCAGUUAAGGAUAUGUAAAACACAAUCAAACUGUAUAUUAACAUUUAUGUCUGUGUUUUCUACCACCUGUGUCUAGUUUUCCGAUGUGUUGAGACUCCAA